UUAAAGAAUAAGCAGCAAGCCAAAGAAACGGUGACAUCCAGCUCGAGCUUCUCGUUGAUCACGUGUUGGUGACGUCAGAGCAGGCGGGCUCACCUCGGACACGCACCCCCGCGCAUGCGUAGUGCGCAGGUGGACUCUGGCUCCUCUCCAGCGAGCCGCUGUGUUGUCUCCGUGUCUCCAGGAGAAAUGCUGAGACUGUUGGUGAAGCAGCAAGUCGACGCGGUCGUUGAAGAGGCUUUUGUGCUGUUGGACACAUUAACAGCAGCUUAUGAGGACACCGCGUCUCGUCUCGGAGAACAUGAGCUACACACAUCAGAUGUUCCCCUUGAGGGCCUGGACCAGGACCCGGAGGACCCGGAGCCCCUCCACAUGAAAGAGGAGCCGGAGCCCCUCCACAUAAAAGAGGAGCCGGAGCCCCUCCACGUAAAAGAGGAGCCGGAGCCCCUCCACAUGAAAGAGGAGCCGGAGCCCCUCCACAUAAAAGAGGAGCCCGAGCCCCUCCACAUAAAAGACCUGCAGGAUCUCUGGACCCGUCUAGAGGGAGAUCAGCUCAUUGUGCUGCAGGAGGCCGAUAUCGCCAAGUUCUCAUCCAUUGUUGUUACUUUGAAGAGUGAAGAUGACGAACCUCAGACCUCACAGCUUCAUCAAAGCCAGACGGAGGACGACAGAGAGGCGGAGCCUCCUGUCGGCAGCUCAGCUACACGAAUAGAAACAGAAACUGAUGGUGAGGACUGUGGGGGAUCAGGACCAGCCUGGAACCUAAAUCCACUUUGUCUUUCACAUCCAAAUGCUGUUGAUGAAAAGGCUUCAGGAUCUUCUGACACUGAAGUCAUUCAUGGUGAUUGGCAAGAACCGUUGGCAGCUUCUGGACCUGAAUGUGAAGACGGGGAUGAUAUCUGGAAGGAGACCAGGGAAUCCUUCAGCUUCUUCAAGUGUAGUAAACGGUGUUACCACAAGGGGUUUCUGCAGACACACAUGAGGUGUCAUUUUGGAAAAAUAUCCUCCAGCUAUUUGGUUAGAAAGAAAUGUUUUAGAGAGAAGCUAAAGAAAGAAUCACGGCCAAGAGGUCUAACAGGAGAGAAACCAUUCAGUUGUGAUGUUUGUGGGAUGAAAUGUACAACCCAGGGAUCUCUGAAGAUUCACAUGGAAGUACACACAGGAGAAAAACCAUUCAGUUGUGAUGUGUGUGAGAAAAGAUUUACACAAAAAGGACGUGUGACGAGACACAUGAGAGUCCACACAAGAGAGAAACCAUUCAGUUGUGAUGUUUGUGGGAAAAGAUUUACAGUCCAGGGACGUGUGAAGAAACACAUGAGAGUCCACACAGGAGAGAAACCAUUCAGUUGUGAUGUUUGUGGGAAAAGAUUUACACGACAGGGAAGUGUGAAGAUACACAUGAGAGUCCACACAGGAGAGAAACCAUUCAGUUGUGAUGUUUGUGGGAAAAGAUUUACAGUACAGGGGAGUGUGAAGAUACACAUGAGAGUCCACACAGGAGAGAAACCAUUCAGUUGUGAUGUUUGUGGGAAAAGAUUUACAGGACAGGGAAGUGUGAAGAUACACAUGAGAGUCCACACAGGAGAAACACCAUUCAGUUGUGAUGUUUGUGGGAAAAGAUUUAGACAACAGUGGAGCGUGAAGUCACACAUGAGAGUCCACACAGGAGAGAAAGCAUUCAGUUGUGAUGUUUGUGGGAAAAGAUUUACAGAACGGGGACAUCUGAAGUCACACAUGAUUGUCCACACAGGAGAGAAACCAUUCAUUUGUGAUGUUUGUGGGAAAAGAUUCACACAACAGGGAGGUGUCAAGAUACACAUGAGAGUCCACACAGGAGAGAACAUUUGAAAUCAAUGUAAAUGUUUCAAAUGCAAUUUGUUUCUGAAUGAGAUGGAGGGCAAAGUGUUUGUUCAACAGCUGAUGAAUCUUUUAAAUAACAAUGACAACAUAUUGUUUGUCUUUGAAAUAAAUGUAAAUGUUUCAAAUGCAAUUUGUUUCUGAAUGAGAUGGAGGGCAAAGUGUUUGUUCAACAGCUGAUGAAUCUUUUAAAUAACAAUGACAACAUAUUGUUUGUCUAUGAUGGAGGAAACAAAACACUGUAAGAAUAUAUCUUUAUUUAAAAUUAAGGCUGUCAGCGUUAACGCGUUAAUCUAUGCGAUUAAUUUGGCCGUGUUAACGCACAAAAAUAUUUUAACGCAAUUAACGCAACUUUGUUUACUUCCGGUGUGCCUUGAAGUUUUCACUCCUGAGUGUCAAACCGCGGCAGUACGGUUUGACACUGUUUCCGUUUUUAAAACAAUUAUUUCUCUGAAAAUAAGGAGCAGAAAUCAGUUUAAACUCGUGGAUGAAUCAGUCGGGUUUCCUCCUCCGCUCCUUCCUCCCGUCUCCCCCUCUGAUACACAGAGGACCGAUGUGUCGGAUGACGCGGCGCGGAAAUAACUCGUGACACGAAACCUUCACCGUGAUUUGUCAAUCCGUUUGUCUGUCAACAUUUUGCGAAAAAAACAACCAAUGAACACUCAGUAAAUCACAAAGGACCUCCCACCUCACAGGUAAGGCUCAUUAGCAGCCUGUCAGUCAGAGAACCAGAGAACACGGCGUGAGGACAACUGAGCCUCAUUGAAUAGAGAUAAGAUUGUUCUGGAAUAUUUGAUGUAUAACACGUGCGUAUGUGUCAUAUGCAAAAGCCUUUAAAAGGUGAAUUUACAUUUUUUUGUAAAAUGGAGAAAAUGAGCCCAGCCUCCAGAGGGUGAACGUGACAUAUUUGAAUGCCAGUCAGUUACCAAGGCCACUGGUUCUGCUGCUGUUCAAUGUUAAAGAUGACAGGACCAAUGGGGUCUCAAUAUAUAUAUAUUUUUUACUAAUCUGGAUGUUUCACUGAAGAAACAAUUUAUCAUCCACAAUAUUAAAUACCUCGCUGGCACUUUAUAGGUAGGAGCCUCUUUGAAAACACAGCUCUGUGUGAAGUUUUGUCUUUAAAAAGCAGGAAGAAAAACUUGUAAUCGCGAUUAAUGAAUUUUAAAAUGUGCGAUUAAUUAGUUAAUUUUUUUAAAUCGAUUGACAACCCUAUUUAAAAUGCAUAAUUCUUUGUAAUGCUUAUAAAUCUACAUGUGGACUCGGCCCUGUUACGGCUGAGUGUCGGCUGACUGCUGUGGUCCGGCUUGAUGCGGCUACAUGUGAGCCAGCUUUGGCCUCUUUUAUUUUAGCCAUAUAUAUUGUAAGAGCCACAAGUGUGUUUUUAGUAAAUUGAAAUUUCAGAAUUGUUUAUAAUUUAAUAUUCAAAAUUAUGCUCACGGUGUAGGAACUAUAGGUGAAAUAUAUUGAAAGAUGUUUAUGUUAAUGACUGAUGCUCGAGUCAGGUGAUUUAAUGACGUCAUGACGGCAGCAGGUGUAAGGAAAGAGCCGCAUAUAUAUAAUGUGUGUGUAUUCUGUUUUUCUAGAAAUGUAACAAUCUAAAGUUGUGACUCUAGUCCUGCUUACUGUGUAUUUGGUGUCAUUAGAUAAACAACAUACACUCCGA